AUGAACGCAUUAGUAAGAAAAUUAACAUAUAUUGCAGAGGAUUGUGGGUUCACUUAUCAAGAACUUGAAGAACAACCACAAGAACCAACUUCAGAAGAAGAACAUGAACAAACUGAAUUUGGAAAAAGAAGACAUAUUUUAAAAGCACAAAUUAAAGAGGCUAAAGAUUUAAUUGAGAAAAGAGCAGAAAUGGAAGCACAACCUGAUGUCGAUAAAGUUGAAGUUGUGAAAAUUUCUACAGACAUUCGUAAAACAAUGAAAGAAGUAAUUCGAUUAGCAGAAGACUUAAGAGCAUAUCAUGACAAUGAUGUAUAUAAGAAUAGAAAGAAAAAAGAUCCAAAAAUUAGAGAUAGGUUAGGAAUUGAAGAAGAGUCUCUUAAAUGUAUUCAACAACAUAUCGAACAAUUACAAAAAAUGGAUAGAGAACGAAGUGGAAUGGGUGAUGUUAAUACUGGAAGACCAACAGUGAAUGGAUUAGAUAAAUAUAAAGUAGAUGAACUUCCUGAUAUAGAAGAUGAUGAACGAUUUAAAAUAUUAAAAGAAAAUGAUAAAGAGAUUGAUGCGAAGUUAGAUAUUCUUGCUCAAGGUGUAAAAGAUGUUAAAAAUGUAGCACAAGAAAUUGGAGGUAAAAUUGAUGUUCAAAAAGAAAAAUUAGAUGUUCUUGAAGAUAAAGUUGAUCAUGUUAAUGAUCGACUUGAUGCAACAAAUGCUAAAUUAAAAGGAUUACUUGAAAAAGUACGUGGUCCAGAUAAAAUGUUAAUGACAAUAAUGAUGAUUUGUUUGCUUUUAGGUGUAGUCAGUAUUAUCGCAAUGAUUUUCCUUAAAUGA